AUGGGUAAAUCGUAUGUGAACAUGAGAAAUGGACACCAAGACGGACAUGGAUCUGGAGAUGGAGACAGAGGGAUCAGGGCAAGAGCAUUUGUGGGAGACAUUUACACGUCGGAAAAGCAAGAAGAUUGAGUAAUUCAGUCCUCGGAAUCGACUUUUUGCUUGAAACAAGCAAGAUUCACAGACACUGGAGUGUUACAAUCAGGUUUCCAAGCAGCAUCAAAGAAACAAGCUCAGCUUUUGUUAAUCUCAACUCCAAAAAGCUAGAAUCUAUGUUCAAAAAAAUUUGACGAAAAAACAAUAAUUGAUACUAACAUCAUUUUUCUUACAGUCGUGGUUACAGAUCAGGUACUCGUUACGCUUUCCAGCGUGACUUUAAAAAACAUGGUGCUAUUCCAUUGUCCACCUACUUGAAAAUCUACAAAGUCGGAGACAUUGUUGACAUAAAAGCCAACGGUUCCAUCCAAAAGGGUAUGCCACACAAAUACUACCACGGCAAAACCGGUAUUGUUUACAACGUCACCAAGUCCUCAGUCGGUGUCAUCAUCAACAAGGUUGUUGGUAACAGAUACAUUGAAAAGAGAGUCAAUUUGAGAGUCGAGCACGUGAAGCACUCGGCUUGCCGUCAAGAAUUCUUGAACAGAGUCAAGUCCAACGCUGCUAAGAAGAGAGAAGCCAAGGCUAACGGUGAACACGUCAACUUGAAGAGAGCUGCUGCUAAGCCAAGAGAAGCUAGAGUUGUCUCUACCUCAGAAAACGUCCCUCAAACUUUGGCUCCAGUUGCUUACGAAACUUUCAUUUAA